GACCAAUAUGUCUUUUACGAAUUCGUAGUGAUGGUGGCUGGCUUCCUCGCAGACAUAAUAUCAUAAAUUACGUGUAAUUUGUAAAGUUUUACAAUAUUUUAUUGUAAAUAACUAAGUUCUUUUAGUGAUUUAAGUGCUCAAUAAAUCAAACAUCAAAUUGCAAUGAGUUCAAGUGUAUGCUACAAGUGUAACCGCACGGGGCAUUUUGCCCGCGAGUGCACACAGGGCGGCGGCGUCGCCUCUCGCGACUCUGGCUUUAACCGGCAACGCGAAAAAUGCUUCAAAUGCAACCGCACUGGACACUUUGCUCGCGACUGCAAGGAAGAGGCUGACCGUUGCUACAGAUGUAACGGCACAGGGCAUAUAGCGCGCGAGUGCGCGCAGAGCCCUGACGAGCCGUCGUGCUACAACUGUAACAAGACUGGGCAUAUUGCGCGGAAUUGUCCAGAGGGAGGACGCGACAGCUCAGGGCAGACUUGUUACAAUUGUAACAAGUCAGGCCAUAUAUCGCGCAACUGCCCGGAUGGCACCAAGACCUGCUAUGUCUGCGGGAAGCCCGGCCACAUCUCGCGCGACUGCGAUGAGUCGGAGCGGAACUAACACACGCCCACCCGCACACACCGUAAACAAAUUCAACUAUGUAUAUUAUGAUGCCACGCACGGACUGUAAGCAAAGGACGCGUCACUAGAUCGUAAGGCCACAGACUGGACGAAAUUGAUACAACGGAAUUAUGACGCAGCGAAGAGACUGAGGAGGGUUAAUGUUGACUUGUAUAUAGGUCUCCCGCGCGACGCGGUUAAUGUUUGUUCUCGCUCGUGAACGUUGUGUUUUUAAAUCAUUUAAUAAUCGUGAUUGAACUAUUGAUGAGGUAGCGUUACAGUUUUUAGCAUUACAGAGUAUAUAUUUUGUACAGAUAUUAUUUGUCAAAAGAUAAAUUGGUUGGUGGCGUA